AUGCUGCGGCACCUCAGAGAUUUGACCAAACAACAUGUACGAGAAGGAACUGUAUCUGCAGCCUUCGUAGUUCAUACAGACAGCAAAGGCACUGCCUUCGCACUAGCUCCCAGAGAAGACUUGCCUGCGUCCUUUUACAAGGCGCACAUGGGAUGGAUCGCCAAAAGAUCCGAUCUUGACACUUUUGGACAGCUGAACGGGCCAAUCGCCAUGGCAAUUGGACAGUGGACCGAAAUUGAGAGCUCCUCGACCGACAACAGUAAGUUUGUGCUGAAACCAACACCAGCUGCUGACACAGAGUUCAUCUUGGUGGUCUUGGCAAGCGUUCAGCAGUUUCGUUGGACGUGGAGAAUCUUGUCCAGGUUGGAUACCUUGGGCAGCCCUUUCUGGCGAAGCUUCCUGGGUCAGUCGGACGAAGAGGAGGACAAUAACGAUCACAAUCAACCACGUGACUUUCUUGUCUUGCAACUUGGACGGUGUCACAACACGCUGUUGCUGCCCAAUUUGGAUUUGAUUGGCGGCGCUCUAUGCUCGGUGCUACAAGAAUGCUUUCCAGAACAGCUUGGUGCAAUCACCUCAUGUGUGGCUGCCACUAUCGAAGCUGGUCCGGGCUGCGGGAAAAGCACUGCGGCCGUUAAGGUGUUGCAACUGCUGAUGCAGCAGACUCGCUGCCGACAUAUCUUGGCCGCGCCCACCAAGAUUCUUCGCGAUGAGCUAGCGAAGCGACUGGGCCCAUCAUGUGUCCGUGUAGGGCAAGACGCGGAUCACAACGAUGUCUUGUAUCUGGAGACAUUGCGACUUCUGGAGGAGCAGAACCCAAACUUGAUCGCUCGCAUCCAGCAGUAUGAAGAACAGCUCGAAAGGAGGCCUCAAGUCUGCCGGCAUUGA